UUACACAUGUUUUUGUUGUUUUGGAUGUCUUGUAAAAGUAAAAGAUGAAGUCUUCUGUUUCUAGACAGGUGUCAAACGAAUCGUUUGUGUUUAAGUACACACUUUCUUCCGUGGCAGCCUUGGUAGCAGAAACUGUGACGUACCCACUUGAUCUCACUAAAACACGAAUGCAGAUACAGGGUGAGAUAGACCUGCAUUCAAAAGCAGAUACCAGGGUACACUUGGUUCACAGGGGCAUGGUACACACUGCAGUAGGAAUUGUGAAAGAAGAAGGUAUGUUAAAGCUAUGGCAGGGAGUAACACCAGCUCUCUAUCGACACAUGGUAUACACUGGGUGUAGAAUGACCUGUUAUGAAUUUAUACGAGAUAAAAUCCUUGGGCGGAACAUAGACGGGACUACUUCUGUUUGGAAGGCAUCUCUAGGUGGGGUAUUAGCUGGAGCAAUAGGGCAGUUGGUAGCCAGCCCGACAGACCUGGUCAAAGUUCACAUGCAGAUGGAAGGGAGACGCAGGCUGGAGGGCAAACCCUCGAGAGUGAACAAUAUAGGACAAGCGUUCAGAAAUAUAAUCUUGGAGGGAGGAGUGAGAGGGCUGUGGCGGGGGUGGGUGCCUAACGUCCAGCGUGCAGCCCUGGUCAACAUGGGAGAUCUAGCAACGUACGACACAGUGAAACACAAGAUAUUAGCACACACAAAUUUAAAAGAUAACUACGUUACCCAUAUGCUUUCAAGUGCUUGUUCGGGUGUGGUUGCUGCGUCAUUAGGGACUCCAGCUGAUGUCAUCAAGACGAGAAUAAUGAAUCAACCGACAGCAAACGGAAAAGGACUGCUUUACAAGGGCUCUAUAGACUGUUUGAUAAAAACUGUCAGCAAUGAAGGAUUCAUGGCUCUCUACAAAGGAUUUCUUCCAAUUUGGGCAAGAAUGGCUCCAUGGUCAACAGUGUUUUGGGUGACGUAUGAACAAGUGAGAAAAAUGACUGGCACCACGUCAUUUUAAGCACAGUGUGAUGACAGCAGUACCUGUGAUAAGAGUAGACAGCAGUUAAUGAGACAGGUUAACUUUCUGCCUUGUGUUCAAAUGGCCGGGUGUUCUUCAUACUAUGCAGUGGAUUUUAUUGUCUCCUACUGGUCCAACCGGAGGAGACUAUUGUCCGUCUGCCUGACUGUCUUUCUGUCUGUCAGUUUGUGUAUAGUUUUAUCAUGUACUGUUUGAUUGAAACAUAUUUUAUUGCUUUUUAAAGAACAAAUGGAUUAGGCACAAGUUACACAACUUACUAGGCCUUCUC